CGCGAGCUUCCAUCAUGGAGUUUGACGGUGUGAGGAUACUAGCAGAUCCAGGCUGGGAUGGUGCCUCUGAUUUACAGUACUUGAAAGAUGUCGCCAACACGGUGGACAUAGUCUUACUAUCGCAGCCGACUACCGAGUUUCUUGGUGCUUACGCAUGGUUGGCGUUUCAUGACCUGAACAAGCCUGUUUAUGCUACUCUACCGACCUGUAAUCUUGGAAGAGUGGCAACCAUUGAUCUGUAUAGAGCUGCCGGCAUCAUUGGUCCUAUCGAGGGAACACAGUUCGAGCUGAGUGACGUUGAGGAGGCAUUUGACAAGAUCAUCACCGUGAAGCACUCUCAGGUGACAGAUCUGAGAGCCAAGUGUGAUGGGCUGACAAUCACGGCGAUCAACUCCGGUCACACCCUUGGUGGUACAAUAUGGGUAUUGGAUAAGAACUCUGAAAAGGUGAUAUACGCUCCGGAAUGGAACCAUUCCAAGGAUUCUUUCUUGAACGGUGCUGAGAUGCUACAGAACCCAGCGCUCUUGAGGCCCUCUGUGGUCAUAACCUCUGCUACGAUUGGUUCUCCGUUAUCUCACAAGAAACGUGUUGAUAAAUUCUUUGAGCUUGUCGAUGCUACACUAGGAAUGGGUGGUACAGUGUUGCUGCCAACAUCUAUAGGUGGCCGUAUGCUGGAACUUAUCCACCUUAUUGAUGAACAUUUGCAAAGUGCGCCUAUCCCAGUGUUGCUCGUGGCUCACGCCAAGGCAAGAAGUUUGACCUAUGCCGGUAGCAUGCUCGAAUGGAUGGCACCAGCAGUGAUCAAGGAAUGGGAAUCAAGAGGUCAGGCACCAUUCGAUGCUUCAAGGGUUCAAGUUGUUAAACCCUCAGAGCUCUUAAGCAUGCCAGGUGCAAAAGUUGUGUUUGCAUCGGGCUCAGGGUUUGAAAAUGGUACAGAGGCCCAAGCAGCUUUGUUUAACCUGUGCACUGAUCAAAAGACAUCAAUCAUCCUGACGGAGAGACCACUAGAAGGGUCCAUAGGUAAUGACUUGUAUAAGACUUGGUUUUCAACUGUUAAGGACAAGACGGGGUCUACAGAUGAAGGUACGCCUAUCCCAUUGGAGAAGAAGUUACAGAUUGUUGAUAUCAGAGAGGAAAGAUUGGUUGGAGAUGAACUUGCCGCUUAUGAACAAACCGUGAAGACUAGGCGUCCAGAAAGAGAGCAACGGAAGAAGAACAAAGAAUCUGAGAAAGUUGCAACAAAGUUCGAGGAGGAUGAGGAGUCUGAAUCCGAGGAUGAAGAUGAUAUUCUAGAGCCAAAGACCAAGAAAGAGGAUCAUGUACCUGUUGAUAUGGAUGUCAGAAACGCUAAAGGACGUGCAAGAAUGUUUCCUUAUCUUCCAUCAAAGAAUAAGAUCAGUGAUUAUGGUAUCAUAAUAGACCAUGCAGAUUACGCGAGAGAAGAAGAGAAAGAUGUCAACAAACUGAAGAAGAAGGAGACACAGAAGAUGAAGCUUGGUGAGAAGAAUAAAUGGAAUGAGGGAAAGAAACAAGACGAUGUGUCAAAUCUGGAUGCAUUGCACGAACCAGUGAAAAGACACAUCACAUCUCUUCUGGUGCCUGCAAGAUGCGUUCUAUCUUACAUCGACCUUGCCGGUCUUGUUGACUUGAGAUCUCUAUCUCUCAUUCUUCCAGCACUGAAACCUAAGGCUGUUUUCCUGAUAUCUGAUUUGUCAGAUGUGGAUAACCUAGACAAGGUUGCAAACAUGCUACAAAAGCACAACAAGUUUGAAGUUGUUGUGACACAUGCAAACGAGGAAUACCGUUCUGACAACAAGCUUCAGUCAUUUGACAUUGUACUUGAUGAUUCUCUCUCCUCCAAACUAAAAUGGCAAAAGAUUGCUGGAGGAUUCAACGUUGCACACGUCAUUGGUGAGGUGAAGACCAAGGAGGAUCUUAAGAAAGCAGACCAACAGGGCGAUGGUGACACUGAGAUGAAGGACAUUGAUGGCAAAGGACAAGAAGAUGAGACUACCCAGAACGUCAACGAUGACCUGGUUCUUGUGCCACUAGAACAGUCGAGCUUGUUGAGCAACGUGAGAGCUGCUCCUUUAGCCAUUGGUGAUGUCAGACUGUCUGAGUUGAAGAAGACACUCUCGCUCACGCACAAAGUGGAAUUCAAAGGUGAAGGUACCUUGGUGAUAGACGACACCGUUGCCAUCAGAAAGAUCAGUGAUGGAGAUGUCAUUGUGGACGGGUUGCCCGGUGACCUGUUCUACAAGGUUAGAGAUGCCGUCAGAAAAAUGUUAGCUUACGUGUGA